AUGUCAAAACGUCAAGCCGAAACCGAUUUAAAUCACGACAAUUGGGAUGAUGAAGAUCCUGUUGAAAAUUCAAACGAUCAAUGUGAUAAUGAAAAUGGGAGCGGAUUUAAAAUGGCAUCGAAGAAUAUUCUUGAAAAACGUGUAAUCAGAACUGCUAAAAGACGUUCGCAGGCAACCGGGGACGAGCCUAAAAAGAGUGUCUUUGGAGGCUUUGGUGGAUUUAUGAAGACGCCGCCAGCAUCCUUUGACUUUUUGUCAAAACUAACUAAUAGUAACAAUGACAACAGUAGUUCAACUACCAAAAUGGACUCACCUGUAACAUCUAGUUUAUUCACAAGUAAAAAACCUGCAACAAGUCCAAAUGCUGGUUUAUUUUCUCUUCAGACAAGCUCUAAUACACCAUCAACAUCACCAUUUGCAUCACCUUCUACUCAAAUUAAAACUAGUAACAUAUUUGGAGUUUCUUCUACAAAUACUAACCCAGCUACCAAUAUGUUUAUUACUUCCAAAGCUGAUUCAACAGUUGUGGACUCACCUUUCAAAAUGCAGACUGUUACGAGUUCUACAGACAUGACAGAUUUCUCAAAGUCAACAGCAACAACAACUCUAGCUUCUACUACUAAACUGGACAUACCUACCAGUAGUAGUAAUGCUAAGUCAUUAUUUUCCAGCAAUUCAAAUUCAUCACCAUUUAAAAUUCAAACAAACACAGUACAAAACGAGUUUGAAAUGAAAACUAAAUCACAAACAAAUUCAACUGGAACAGAAAAGAAAUCUGGUGAUAGUCAGAAUGAUUCUGAAAUGAAAUAUUAUUCCAAACUGAAAGGUCUUAAUGAAUCCGUAUUUGAUUGGAUAAAGAAACAUGUAGAACAAACUCCCCUGUGCAUACUUACACCAAUAUUUAAAGACUAUGAAAAAUAUCUUAAAGAAAUUCAAGAAGAAUAUCAAAUUAUAGGCAAAGAAAACAAGAAUGAUGACAAGUCUGACAACAGAAUGGAUGUUGCUAAAAUUGCAUCUACUAUGACAAAAACUAAUGUUACAGGGCCAACACUUUUUAAUAUGCCACAAAGUUCUACCUCCGUAUUUGCAUCACAAAAUAAUGGCACUUUAGGAGGAAACAAAUCAGCCUCAUUUUCUUUUGGAAUAAAUGCAUCAGCAACUAGUACUUCAAGUACAAUCACAACAAGUUCACUUGGAUUUAAAUUUGGUGUGACAACUGCAUCAAGCCAGUCCACCACAUCUAUAUCAUCUCCUUUUUCUUCAGGAACAACAUCAUCUUCUUUUUCUUUUGCUACUAACAUAAACACCGCUACUAAUGAAUCAUCAGCUCCAUUUUCGUUUGGAACUGGGAAACCUUUUAGCUUUAAUAAUAUCAAACAAAACACUGAAACAACUGAAGAGGCUACUAAAGAAGAUGAUGAUGACAGUCCCCCUAAAGUGGAAUAUACACCAGUCGUUGAGGAAAAUAGUAUUUAUGAUAAAAAGUGCAAGAUAUUUGUAAAGAAAGAAAAUAAUUUUGUUGACAAAGGUGUAGGAACACUAUAUAUAAAGAAAAUAGAAGAGACUGGCAAACAUCAGCUGUUGGUCCGAGCCAAUACAAAUUUGGGAACUAUUUUAGUUAAUUUAAUAUUAGUGGCAGGCAUACCUACGCAAAGGAUGGGGAAAAAUAAUGUCAUGAUGGUCUGCAUACCAACACCAGAAUCAAAACCCCCACCUACUCCAAUUUUAAUCAGAGUAAAGUCAUCUGAAGAAGCUGAUGAAUUGCUAGCAACUUUGGAAAAACACAAAACAUGA